UGCAACUUCCGCUAAACACUGACGAAAGGAACAACAAAGGAUAAGUGGUAGACUGUCCGAAUGUACUGCAUGCACUUGAUAACAGUCAGCCAUGGCCACGUGGUGUUGAGUGCCAGAUGGGACAGACUCUAAAACUGCCUGGUCAUAAAGCAGACCAGUCGCCAUUUAAAUGUGUCACCUUGAGUCUCCAUCUCAUGUCCGUUUCAAAUCUCUGAAACAAGCUUUUCGUAUUCUAUCGCGUUCGGUCGCCAUGCCUGUCGAUCCUCUCCAGCUCCUUUCCCUUCUUGCCUUCCUAUCCGCCCUUGAGGCUCGCGGCGUGUCUCUAACAACCGGUCUGACCAAUAUGAUCAUCUCUUUGCCAUUCAACAGAAUGUCUAACAGCUCUUCAUGCGGACUGUCAAACACUAGCGCCGCCACUUCAAGUACGAGAUUCUUUGAUCAUAGAGAACUCAUACAGGAUCCAUCCACCCCUGAAUCCGACUAUCCUCCAGGUUUUGACGAGACACCUUCUACAUCUUUUCCCCUGCUUUACCGGCUGCUCCUUAUCUUCUCAGGUCAAUUCGUUUCCAUCUCGCGAGAUAUCUCGUCUUUGCGUCGCUCCGUUGCGUCGCUCGGGUCGUCGUUAUCUGCAGUCGAGGACCGUAUCGCGUUGCUUGCCAACACUCAUGAAUCGACUUUGGCACAGCUCAAGGACGAACCAUAUCAUAUCCGUACCCAGGCAUCGUGCGAUACCGAGGAACUAGGCCAACAAUUACACCACCUUUCCGGUUUGAUUACCGCCCAGCAGGACCAAAUGAGCGCGCUGCAUGACAUGGUCGGUGCACUGCAGGCAUGUACAGUCCACGUCAAUACAGAUCACCAACUACGUGCUGAACACACACGGAGUUACAAAGAUCCGAUUCAGCAUCACACUGAGUGCAAGAAAGAUUGCGCUGCUUUGCGUCAGGACCUGCAAAAACUCUCGGACUUGGUCUCGAUCAAUGACACAAAGACUAAUGUAUCAUUGGAUCACCUCCGUAGCCAGAUGGUCGAUCAGGUCAAGGAUCAGAACCGAACUGAGAAAGAGGUUGCACUCUUGCGCGAACAGAUGACAAAGAAAUUUGGGGCAUUUCAGUCACGAGUGUCCUCUCUUACCUUGGACGCCGUGAAGGUACCUCAUGGCGUCCAGUUGACGGACCAGGCUGCCAAAGAGGCCCGUCGGGCAAAAGCAAUGGCGGGGGUGGGUCGUCGUAUCAUGCAGCUUCAAGCAAACCCGCAGUGUGUUUUGGAUAACGAAGACAUCGUCUCACAGAAUGACGAAAAUGGAGCGGAAUUUUCGUCCGUGUGCCAUAUUUCUUCACUCUCUUCAGCGGCUUCAUUAAGACCUUCGGUCGAGUGCUUCCAGGACUCUGAUGUGCUCAAAGCUUCAUCACCUUGUGUCCAAUGGGUUGGGACUAUCGCUCCUUCCAACACCAAGGUACUGUCCAAUCUGCGCUCACCACUCCCAUCUCAGCAAUACGCAAAUUGCAAGGACAACUUGAAUGUGGAUGACAUUCAUUCUCCUUCAACCAGUGCUGCUUUCUGCCAGGAUGAUGUUGAGGCUAGCGUUCUGAGGAGGAAGCAGAAAAAACCUGCCCUCACUCCCUUCCAACCCAAGGGUGCGUUUCCCCCUCGUUACACCUUCAGAUCAAGCGACGGAAGGUUCCUAAGUUGUUUAAAAUAACAGAUAUUAAUCGGAUGCCGACACCUUCACUGUCGUCACCGGCGCUCGAUGUGAUAUCCACCACAACGGUUUUACCUUGUUCAAGGCUCUCAGUAAUACAGCG